AUGUUUUUGUCGCAGGAGCUGGGGGUGCACGGCAUCGCCUUCAGCGACAAGCACAGCGCGGCGCACCUCGCCGCGCGGUCGGAGGCGUUUGUCCGGCAGCUGCUGGCGCGGCUGGAGGACAUUCCAGAGUCGGAGUUUGCCAGCGGGGUGGAGGAGCUGGCCAAGGCAAAGCUGGAGAAGCCCAAGAGGCUGGGGGAGCUCGCGCAGAGGUGGUGGGGCGAGGUCUAUCGCGGCUCCCUGAGGUUCGACCGGCAGGAAGCUGAGGUGGCGGAGCUGCGGCGGCUGACGCGCGCCGACCUGGCGGCGUUUGCGCGGCGCGUGCUGGCGCCGGGCCCCGGCCGCCGCAAGCUGGCCGUGCUGGUCCGCGGCGGCGCGGAGCGACGGCAGGGGCAGCAGCCAGAGGAGGGGGAUGCAGCGGCGGCACCGGCGGAGACGGCGGCGGCGGGGCCGGAGCUGCGGAAGGGCUCGGCGGGCGCUGCGGCGCGCGCUGCGGCGGCGGCGGCUGCGCUCGGGGAGGGCGAGCGGCUGGCGGUGGUCUGGGACGCGUCCGCGUUCAAGCGCGGCUGCGAGCUGCACGCGGCGGCGCGACUGGCGGCGGCGGCGGCGAGGGAUGCUGAUGCGGCGGCGCCGGAGGGGGAUGCGGCGCCCGCGGCGGACAUGGCGGGGGAGGAGUAA